UCGGAAAUAACAUUCUCAGCUACUACCAAGAACACAAUGCAGUUUCAUACAUUGACUAUUUUUGGCUUUGUUUUGGCUUUGGCCUGCCUAAUGAAUAUGAAACCAGUAGAAGCCAAAUCCUACACUGCCAGUGAGCUCAAAAAGCUUCAGGAUGAUAUCUGCGGUGGGAAAUAUUUUGGAGGUCUCAUGCCCUGGAUGAAACCCUUUGAGCCUUGCAAGUUCAUUGUUCAAAAGGUUUUGGGUGCAAUUUUAUGCGAUUGCUCCGAAAAUGAUGGGGACAAAGUCGGCGAGCAAGAGAGCGACAAAGCAACCGAAACAGAGAGCGAUAAAGCGGGCGACAAAGAGAGCGGCAAAACGACAACAGUAAAAGCUUUAUAAAAAUAUACUGAUGGCGAACACUGUAACCGAAUGUGGAAUCUAACCAGUUUUUAAUCCCUCUUAAUCUAUCCCGUGCAUGCAUUCUAAUAAACUUAACCUUUCCUUCAGCAUUUACAAAAAAAAAAAA